UUAACGCCAAUAGCAUGAAGCAAGUGGUUGAGAAUGUAACUCAAAGGUCUGGAUGAUGGGAUCCCUGUCGGCUGUGUGCGGUGUUCUUUCAGUUUUUCUGCUGCAGUGUAUCUCGACUCAAGCCGAUGCACACAACAACACAGUCAAUGACACAUCGUUUGAGUGUCCGUUGGAUGUGCCAGCUGGGUACAAGAUGUGGGGAAGUUUGAAGUACAAGAAGUCAGUGUAUUUCUCCUGCCUAGGAUGCAAUGGACAAGACACCUGGGGAAACUCAGAAUGCAAACAUGACGGCACCCGGGAUGAAAUUACAUUACCAAACUGUUCAGUGUCCUGUCUGAACAGUCACAAGUCGUGUCCAGCAGGUUGGUUCACGAACUGUCUGUUCUACCCCCAUGUGGACUGGACGAGAUGUGGCCGGUCGUGUGAUACGCCAGCCCUCUGUCACAGAGAAUCUGGAGAGUCGGACUGCCAAUGUGGUUGGUAUGCCAUGAAAGGACGAUGUGAAACGGACGCCAACAUCAGGGAAAUUGUCUGCCCUUACACCUGCUCCCUCAGAACCAAUAUAACCUGUGGCGAUCCGAAUCUUCUCUACUCUCAUGCAGUAGCUUCCAUCCAGACACCCCACUGGAUGGACACCAUGUCCUUCAUAUGCGAGCCAGGCUAUAUGAACAUGGGCAGCAAAGGAUGGGUGGGCUGUACCAUUGAGGGAACGUUUCUUUCGCGGUAUAGUGUCAAUGUGCCUCACUGUGUCCAUCAUAGCGGUGAAGCCUUUGGAAAACAGUCGCAGGCAAUACAAGAUUGA